AUGUCAGAUCAAGGCGCAGGCGCGGGGGCGGGCGCUCCCUCCCCUGUGGCUCCCAGUCUGCAAUUAAAAGAACACGAGAAAGAGAUUCUCAAGCGCCAAAUACACACUCCUGAGUCGCAGAUGAGUCGCUUGGGGCUUUUGUAUUCUUGUGCAACAACCUAUGAGCUACUUGUCCUGGUCAUCAGCUCAAUUGCAGCGAUAAUUGGAGGGGCCCUUCAACCAAUAUCUUUUCUCCUUCUGGGGGGCUUGGCCCAAGCAUUUAAGGAGUUCUUCCUGGGAACGUCUUCGGGCUCUCACCUCUCAUCUCUGGUCGCAAGAUUCGCCCUGUAUUAUGUAUACAUCGCCAUUGGACAGUUUGUCUCGGUGUACAUCUCUACAGCCGGAUUUAUGAUAGGAGGGGAAAAUAUAACCCAACGACUCCGAGAGAAAUAUCUCGCCGCUAUCCUCCGCCAAAACAUAGCAUUCUUUGAUGUCCUGGGAGCUGGAGAAAUAACAACCAGAAUUACUGCUGAUAUGAAUCUGAUCCAAGAUUCUUUGACGGGCAAACUUUCUCUGACUCUCUACUCUUGUUCCAAUUUUGGGACGGCUUUCAUCAUCAGCUUCGUGAAAAGCUGGCGCAUGGCUCUUAUUCUGAUAUCUGCUAUCGUGGCAGAAACUGGAUCUAUGAGUAUAUGCUCUUCGUUUAUGAUCAAGUAUACCAAGUUGUCUUUAUCGGCAUAUGCAGACGGAUCGACAGCUGCCGAGGAGGCUAUCAGUUCAAUCAGGCACGUUACAGCAUUUGGGAUCCAAGACAAGCUGGCCGAUCGGUAUCAGAAAUUUCUCACCCAGGCAGAGGGUUAUGGUCUUAGAAGUCGCAUUGCUCUUGCGGUCAUGAUGGCCAUCAUGAAUGGUGUCAUAUUCUGGACCUACGGACUGACAUUUUGGCAAGGGUCUCGUUAUCUUGUUGUUGGCGACAUUGAAUUGGGAGCUCUUAUCACCAUUCUCCUUGCUACGCUGACUGGGGCGUUCACGUUUGGUAACAUAGCACCCAAUUUCCAAGCGUUUGCAACUGGUGUGGCAGCAACAGGAAAGAUUCUUGCAACCUUGUCCAGGGAGUCACCGCUGGAUCCAUCAUCACCCACAGGAAGCAAGCUACAAGCUGUGUCUGGGACAAUAGAAGUCAAGAACAUUCGCUAUGUUUACCCUUCUAGACCAGACGUACUGACUUUAGACGGGAUAAAUCUUCUAUUUCCCGCUGGAAAGACGACCGCCAUCGUUGGUGCUUCUGGCUGUGGGAAAAGUACAUUGGCAGGUCUUAUUGAAAGGUUUUAUGAACCAAUAAGUGGCGAAAUAUUGCUCGAUGGCCACGACAUCACGUCUCUGAACUUGCAAUGGUUACGCCAACAAGUAGCGAUCGUCACACAACAACCUACACUCUUCGCCACGACUAUAUUCGAAAACAUCAGAUUUGGUCUGAUAGGCACGGAGCACGAAAAAUGCCCUCGUAAUGUGGUAGAAAACCUUGUGUUUGAUGCCGCAAAGAAAGCGAACUGUUUUGAGUUCAUUUCUGCCUUACCGGAUGGAUUCCACACCAGUGUUGGUGAAAGGGGCUCAUUACUUUCGGGUGGACAAAAACAGCGGGUUGCAAUUGCACGGGCUAUUAUUAGCAAUCCGAAGGUUUUGCUGCUGGAUGAGGCUACUUCAGCUCUAGAUGCCCAGGCCGAGCGGCUGGUACAGGCGGCGCUUGAUGUUGCUGCUGAAGCGGCAGAAAAUAUUGUUGUUAUGUCUCACGGACGUGUUGUUGAGCAAGGAACUCACAACGACCUACUUAAGAAACGAUCAAUGUAUUACGAACUAGUGGAGAAGCAGCGCAUGUCGAUCGAAAGGAGUAUCGUCAUCAGUGAAGCAAAGUCUGCCCUCGACGCAGAUCCUGAGCUGCCUGACUUGAAAGAUGAGGGCAAUGAUUCCAAGGUAUACACGUACGAGAUGGAGCAGCACCAGGGAGCCGAAGACCUCGAGAGAAAUUCCGAGCGGGAGGCUGGCGAUCGUGAAUACUCCCUAUGGGAGUUGAUCAAGUUCAUCGCCAAAUUCAACAAGGAAGAAACGCUUACCAUGCUUUGGGGUCUGUUUUUUUCAAUCGUCACAGGCGCUGGAAAUCCCACACAGGCCGUGUUCUACGGCAAGACAAUCGCGGCAAUGUCGUUACCCCCUGAUAUGUAUGGAAAGUUACGACAUGAUGUCAACUUCUGGAGUCUGAUGUAUCUGAUGCUGGGAUGUACUGCAUUCCUGGGCUGGGGAGCAUCGGGUCUCUGUUUCGCCUACUGCUCCGAGCGCCUGAUUCACCGUGCCAGAGAUCGUUCUUUCCGAGCAAUGCUCUAUCAGGAUAUUUUCAUGUUCGACAAAGCUGGGUUCUCAGCAGGUUCGCUUACAUCCUCGUUGUCCACGGAUGCCACCAACCUUGCGGGAAUGAGUGGUGUGACCCUAGGCUCCAUCCUUAUUGUCUCAACUACUUUGGUUGCUGGUGUGGCUGUAUCAAUUGCGAUAGGUUGGAGGCUGGGACUCGUUUGUACCGCAACCAUUCCAAUUGUUCUUACUUGUGGUCUCGUCCGACUCAAGAUCCUCGGGGAAAUAGCUCGACAGUCGAAGGCAGCGUAUGAAGCUUCAGCAACUUAUGCUUGUGAGGCAAGUUCUGCCAUCAAGACGGUAGCAUCGCUGAAUCUCGAAAGCCAUGUACAGGAAGAGUAUCACAACAUAUUGGAAGCCCAGCGACAAAAAUCGGUCGUUUCGACGCUCAAGUCAUCAACGUUUUAUGCAGCCUCACAGUCGGCCAACUUUCUCUGCAUUGCGCUGGCUUUCUGGUAUGGAGGAAAUUUAAUCAUCCACGAAGGCUAUUCUAUGGUGCAAUUUUUUAUCGCUUAUGCAGCUGUUGUCGUAGGCGCAUUCAGCGCUGGGGCUAUUUUCUCCUUCGCGCCAGAUAUGAGCAAAUCUCGUCAGGCGGCCCAGGAUAUCAAAACGCUGUUGGACCGACCUGUCAACAUCGACGCCCGUCAAGAAACUGGCGAGCUGUUAACGAAAAUGGAUGGCAGCUUGGAGAUGCGAAAUAUCUAUUUCCGAUACCCUAACAGACCGGAGAGGGUGGUUGUUAACGGCCUCAGUUUGAGUGUUCAGCCGGGACAAUACAUAGGUCUUGUGGGAGCGAGUGGGUGUGGGAAAAGCACCAUCAUUGCUUUGCUGGAGCGGUUCUUUGAUCCUGAAGUGGGACAGAUAUUGGUUGACGGGAAAGAGAUUUCCAAGUUGAAUGUCAAGAGCUACAGGAGUCAGCUUGCCCUGGUUAGCCAAGAGCCGACACUGUAUCAAGGAACCAUCAGGGAGAAUAUCACCCUGGGAACCAACGACGAGGAUGUUUCCGAGGAGAAAAUUACCAAAGCAUGCAAGGAUGCCAAUAUCUACGACUUCAUCCUGUCUCUGCCUGACGGCUUCUCAACGCUCAUAGGAGCGAGGGGCGGCAUGCUCUCUGGCGGGCAGCAACAACGAAUAGCCAUUGCGCGAGCGCUUCUUCGCGAUCCACGUAUCCUCCUACUAGAUGAGGCAACUUCCGCACUCGAUUCAGAGUCUGAAAAAGUCGUCCAGGAUGCUCUGAAUGCGGCGGCUCAAGGCCGAACGACGGUCGCCGUUGCGCAUCGGAUAAGCACGGUGCAGAAGGCCGAUUGUAUUUAUGUUCUGCAUGAAGGUGAUGUUGUGGAACAGGGAACGCACCAAGAGUUGAUGGAGCUGGGGGGAAGGUAUUUUGAGUUGGUGAAGUUGCAGAGCUUGGAGAGGUCGGACUAG